AUGCCGCAGCACCUCCUCUCUCUCCCCCGCGAACUCCGCGACGCAAUCUACGACCAGCUCCUCCUCUCCACUGCCCCCAUUCCCGCCAUCCCAGACGAGAAAUUCAUGGCCUACAACCCCAGCCCAUCCCGGACCUUCCGCAAAAUCUACGACGCGCCGAGCACACUGCGUGGGGAGUUUGGGUGUGCGUACUCAUUGGCGCCUAUCCCUUCCACCUGCGCGGGGUUCAUCGCGUGCAACAGGCAGGUGAACCAAGAGAUGGAAGAGGCGCGGGAAAGGCUGGGGAGGAAGGAGGGGGUUUGGGUGAGGUUGGAUUGUCUGGCGGUGGAGGAAAGUUGGCACUACUUCACCCUCGUAUCCAUCCCGACCGUUUCCACGUCCCUCCCGCCGGCGCAAAGCCGUUCCGUGCUCCCGCCGUGGCUUCGCACCUACACGGCCCUCUUCCUGGGUUCUCUACUCCCAUGGGGUAUCGUGUCCCCUCCCCAAACGUCGACAACGCGCAUCCCCCGCCUCUGGAUCGACGUCCGCCUCGCAGGCAACCGCAAAGACAAGUACCGCCGCACCAGCAGUCCCGCGGGCCGCACCGGCUGGGCUGUCUGCGCGGCGCUCAAGCGGCUCCUCUAUCACGGGCCGGAGCUCGCUGCAGACCACGAACGACCUUCUGCCAGCGUUACCUACAUCGGCGAACUCGUGCUCAACGUCGUGCCGCCGCCGCCCCCGGUGGACGGCGCGCCGGCGACGCUGCUGGACGAGGACUUCCCGCUCGAUGGCGACGGCGAGGGGACUGUGCAUCCGCGGACUGUGGCGCGGGAGCUGGUUGGUGUGUGGGGAAAGAUUUGGGCGGGUGAUGAGUUCAAGGGGAUUCUGUAUGGUGGCUUGCUGGAGAGGAUUGGGUGGGUGAGGGUUUGUGUGGAUGGGAAGACGUGGAGGGUUAGGGAGUUGAGGGGGGUGUUGGAACGGGGGCAGAGAGAGAGGAGGAGGAUUGCGGAGAGGGGUCCGUGGUGA